GCAAAAAGCUCGACGACGAAUGACAAAAGAUAUGAACCAAGUGCCGAGCGUCUCGCGGAGGAUAUCCUCGGUAGACUCUAUUCUGGACAAUGAUCUGUACAAGUUUUCUAUGCAACAAGCCGUCCUCAGUCUCUAUCCUGAUGUCAACGUAACCUAUCAGUUCAGGAACCGGUCACCACAAGAGCACCGGUAUACAAAGGAAGCGUAUGAGAUUUUAACGAAAAGAAUAGAAGCUUUGGCAGAUCUCGCUCUUACACCCGAUGAACGCACAUUCUUGGAACGCAAGUGCCCAUUCUUCACAUCCAAAUAUCUCGACUAUCUCUCAGUGUUCCGCUAUAACCCAAAGGCGCAUAUCCAAAUGUCGCUUUCAUCAUCAGGCGCACUUGAGAUAUGGAUAAAAGGACCCUGGCUUGACACGAUACUCUACGAAGUGCCAAUUCUUGCUCUAGUUAGUGAAACCUAUUUUGAAUUUGUGGAAACGGAUUGGGAUAUGGAAGGACAAGACGAGCAGGCAGAGGCGGAUGCUCGCCAAUUGAUACUCGGCGGAUGCAAGUUUACAGAAUUUGGGACCAGGCGGCGGAGAUCAAGGGAGGUUCAAAGGGUGGUUGUGGAAUCCCUAACGAAGGUCAAUGAGGAAUUAAAUGGAUCAACUCAUGGGGCGGACCAACCAGGCUGUGAUCGGGUUCCACGAGAAGAGAGGGGAGUGCUGCUGGGAACGAGCAAUGUGUAUUUUGCCAUGAAGUAUGAUCUCAACCCAAUUGGUACCGUGGCACAUGAAUGGACAAUGGCAAUUUCAGUCCUUGAAAAUGACUUGUUUCACGCAAACGGCAACGCGUUGCGGAUCUGGCGCCGUUUUUACCCUACGUAUUUUGGAACGGCCUUGACGGAUACAUUCGGGACUGCUGCAUUUCUUCGCGACUUUGAUGAGCCACUUGCCGAAUCUUACACCGCUGUCCGUCAGGACUCUGGCGAUCCCCGUGAAUUCGUGCUUGCAAUCAUUAAACAUUAUGAGAAGCUUAAUAUCGACCCGGCCAAGAAAUUGAUCGUCUUCUCCGAUGCCUUGACGGUGCAGAAGGCAUUGGAAUUGGAAAGUUACGUCAGGGGGAUACAACGACAGCGGAAAGUUGGAACUCCAGAAGUGAGCUUUGGCAUUGGGACACACUUUACAAAUAACUUUCGAGUCAAAAGCCAUGGGACCAAGAGCAGGCCCAUGAAUAUCGUCAUCAAACUGUAUGAAUGCAAUGGUAGGCAUGUCGUAAAACUGAGUGACGACAAAGGAAAAUUUCAAGGAGAUGAAGCUGCCGUGAGGGAAGCGCUCAAGGUUUUCAUUCCUGACCGGUCAACCCCCUGACAGCAUCACUAUCGACCGCUAUUACAUUCAUUCAGCCAGAGCGGCAAUCUCUAAAGUGUCCGCAGGACGCUCCAUUGGUAUACAGGCGUCACCCGCCCAUCAAAUUAAGCAAUAUACAACUGUACAGUCACACCACGGUGAUCAAAACCGUUUCCGAUCUCCAUCCAUCCACAACGGCUGGCAUCAUUCAUCGUUGUAUGACCCGACCAUUUCAUCGAUGCCCCAUUAAAGCGCAGCCAUCACUGGGAAGAUUAUUUUAUGAUAUCUGCGUCGUCCGUUCUCGUUUUUUUCGUCGGUGGAAGAGACGACGGACUUGGUGGAGAUGUUGGUUCCCGGAGUCUACAGAGAGAGAACACGCGUAAUAUUUGAGCAUCAAGUUAUAAUCUAGUUUUACCCAAGGCGUCCUUACCGGUUCAGUCCUGCUUCGUCGGAUGUUCGCUUCUUCACGCUCUCCUGCGUAUCAUCUUCCUCCAAUAACGCGUCAAAUUCGGCAUCUAACGCCGCGUCCAGGUCGAAAUCAGACUGUUGGCUAGCGUCACCAUCACCCUCUUCUGUAG